GUGAUAUCGAAACAAAACAAAGAAAUACUUGGCACCAAAUUAUAGCAGCUUCAGAAGUUAAAAUUUGUAGAUAUAUUAAAAAACCUAAUUAUAUCUUACAUUAUUGUAAUUUUAAAAUAAAAUUUCGUUACUUCUUAAAUUAAGUGGAAACAUAAUCAUGGAAUCCAUAGCCGCGGCAUUAUUGCUUGAAGAGGAGGACAACACAUCCCGGAAUGCUGAGGUGAAAGUGGAAAGGCGGAGAUUAAAAGAUAUGUGUGAUCCGUUCCAAUUGAGCGAAGAAUUAUUCAAAAAGAACUUUCGACUUAACAAGGAUGCUUUCAAGUAUGUUUUGGAUACUUUUGAAAGAGAAACUCAGCGAAAUACCUUAACGUCUGUAUCACAGCUUAACCAAAUAGUGGCCGCGAUAAGAUUUUUUGCGGAAGGCAGUUACCAACACGGUGCAGACUAUAAUGUCGGAAUGGGUCAGGCAACCAUGUCAAAGUCACUGUCCAAAUUUCUUGAAGAGAUGCAACGAAAGCUUUGUCCUGAAUGGAUAAAAUUUGAGAAGACUGAACAGGAAAAAAUACAAGCAAAACAGUAGUUUUAUGCGAAGGCUGGCUCCUCUGGGGUCAUCAUGUGUGUUGAUGGCACGCACAUAAGAAUAAUCAAGCCACAUGAAGAAGAUUUUCUUUAUUACAACAGAAAAGGAUUUUUUAGCAUUACCGCUAUGGUGGUGAGCAUUAUUUCAAUUACAUCAGUGUCGUGAUUUGAUUUAAUUGGUUUCGCAAAUUUAAUUUCUAUUUUCAGGUGUGCGAUAACAAAAUGCGUGUAAGAAACAUU